CGGCUCAACUAUACUUUAGGGGACACAAAAUUAUCCACUUUUUUCUUCUCAAUCUAAUAGUUUUCGAUUCGUAGAAUCGAAAAAUGCAGCAGUUUAAAAGUUAUGAGCGUGUAAAGUUUGACACUUUUGGUGCAUUUGGUACGUUAAUGCGACGUCAUAUUGGCUUCUUGUCCAAUGAACGGUGUCGCUGGGUGUCGCUAGCAGCAUACAGAACCAGGUACUGAUGAAACUCACACAGAGAAAAUUGAAUCCACUUGGCGUUUGGCAAAAGAUUGGAUGAGAGGAAGGAAGGGGGCGAUUUCACGAUGACGAAUUUGCAGACCGCUUAUGUGAAUAUUUGUGGAGGCGGUUUUGUCGUCACCAUAAAAUAGAUUUAUUUGGAUCUAUGAUUGAAGCGAUUCGAAGUCAGUAUGUUUUCAAAUAAGGUAAACGGAAAUCACAGUGUGGUCCGUGCGAGGGGCAAUCAAAUUCAGGAUGAAUGCAAUAUGGCGUCAUGCUAACCUCAGAAAUGUCCUAAAAACGCUUCAUUUCAGAUACGUGUAACUUGUAACACUACGUGUCAUUUCGACAAUUACAACUUGCAUUUUUGGAUUUUGCGUAUAAAAAAGUAUUAAUGUGAAAAAUGUUUAAGACCCGUGAAACACUUGCGGAGGCGUAAGGGUGGGCUGAACCCUUUACCCACCUUUACCUGCCUUUACCUGCCUUUACCUGCCUUUACCUGCCUUUACCUGCCUUUACCUGCCUUUACCGAAAGAGAAAAAUAGUAAAUCCGACCCCACAUAAAUAAUACCCCACUCCUUGAUUCCCCUUCUUCGCGAUGCUAGCGAAAUAAAAUGAUUGAAACGAAGACGCGUGUAGUCAUUCGCGAGAGUGAAAGAUUAAAUAGCUAUCGAUAAAGCUAAGAAAGAAUUAUGAUCGCUUUAUUAAUCAUCGUUUCUAUCGUUGGAAUUUGCAGUAGCGUCGAUGUCGAAGAUAAGUAUCGUUCACCGUGGCAUUACAAAUGCGAGGGUGGUCUUUGCAAAAAGGAAUUAAUUAAAAAGGAAAUGAAAUUGGCUGUCCCGUUGGAAAUAUGCGAAUUGUUUUGCGAUGCAUCCAGUUUGUUGUGGCCAAAAGCAACCGGUCACUUGUCUCUUAGCAAAAAGAUGGUUCACCUUGAUCCCGAGAAAAUCGAAUUAAUCGAUACGCCGAGUGGUACACAAGUUGAACAUCUUCUUGAAAGGAACAUGGAUUUAUUACGAGAGAAUGCAAAGAAUUUGAACGGGAAAUUAAUAGAAAGUGGCGAUGGUGGUGCAGGUAUGGUUGUACGAUUUACGGGACUCGUUAAAACUGACCGUAUCAAAUUGACCUUGCACACGGAUGAAAGUUACAGUUUAACUGUGACACAAGUAAACGAAACGUUGCUGGAAACAAGAGUGACCGCGAGAUCGUAUUUCGGUGCACGACACGCGCUGGAAACGUUGAGUCAGAUGAUCGUUUUCAACGAUUUUCGGAAUCAGAUUGAAAUUCCAAAUGAAAUCUCGAUUACCGAUGGACCCGUAUAUCCGUACCGUGGACUAUUACUGGAUACCAGCCGUAAUUUCGUCGACAAGUCAAAGAUAUUAAAAACGAUCGAUGGAAUGGCCAUGUCAAAGUUAAAUACUUUACACUGGCACAUUGUCGAUUCUCAGAGUUUUCCGUAUGUCAGCAGAAGGUGGCCAAAAUUUUCAACGUUCGGUCGUUACGCUCGAAACAAGAUCUACGAUCAGAAAGACAUUAACGAGAUUCGGGAUUACGGGCUGGUUCGUGGUGUCAGAGUAUUGCCGGAAUUUGACGCACCAGCCCACGUAGGAGAAGGAUGGCAAUGGGUAGGAAACGAUGCGAUCGUUUGCUUCAAAGCAGAACCAUGGAAAAGUUAUUGCGUCGAGCCACCCUGCGGUCAACUUAAUCCAACCAGUGAUUUUGUAUACGAAAUUCUCGAAGGAAUAUACAGAGAUAUGUUUGAAGAUUUUCAACCAGAUCUAUUUCAUAUGGGAGGGGACGAAGUGAACCUAAAUUGUUGGAACUCCUCGGUCGUUAUUCAAAAUUGGAUGAAAACGGUGAAAGGUUGGAAUCUGUCGGAAACGAGUUUCUACAUGGUUUGGGAAUAUUUUCAAGAGCAGGCAUUGGAAAGAGUAAGGCUGGCUAACGGAGGCAAAGAAAUACCCGUUAUUUUAUGGACCAGCGGUCUAACCAACGAAAAGAAUAUCAAUCGUUUGGAUCCGGAUAAAUACAUAAUACAAAUUUGGACGACCGCAAAAGAUCCUACGGUCGCUAGAUUAUUACGAAAUAAUUUUAGAGUGAUCUUUUCGAAUUACGAUGCCCUUUAUUUAGAUUGCGGUUUCUCAGCGUGGAUCGGUGAUGGUAAUAAUUGGUGUUCUCCUUAUAAAGGCUGGCAAAAGGUUUACGAAAAUUCUCCUUUCAAGAUAAUUAGGUCGCAAGGCCUCGAGAUGAAAAGGAAUCUCGUGUUAGGAGGCGAAGCGACUCUUUGGACGGAACAAGCUGAUAGCGUGUCCGUUGAUUCAAAGCUAUGGCCUAGAUCCGCGGCGCUUGCCGAGAGACUAUGGGCAGAGCCAAACUCGAGUUGGAUUUAUGCAGAGCACAGAAUGCUCAGGCACAGACAACGACUCGUAAAAAGAGGUAUCCUCGCCGACGCAUUGGAACCUGAAUGGUGUUUACAAAAUCAAGGCCAUUGUUACGCUUAAUUCUCAUUUCAUUUCCUUCCAAUUCUACAUACAUAUAUACUCUCGCAUAUACUCGUACGCGUAUGUAGUGAUAUUAUAAUCAAUUUGAAAAUCGUC